UGAAAAGACCCUCCACCAAUCGACUGAUACCCAAGUACCUGUUUACUGCUAAACAAUAUUUCUCCUCAACUCUAAUCCCCAACCUUCAUCAUUAUCAGAGUGCUGUGAUUCGCUACUUGAUAUAUUUUUGUUAUAAUUGUGUUAUCUCGUGCACUUUGACAGAUUUCCUUUUUGUAUUACAGUGACAUUUGGAAUGGUAAAUUCCAACAUGUAUUUCUUCACCAAAGUUAUGUCUAAUCUUUUCCUGGAAACCAAAUCCAGUGCUCAACUUGUCAACUUCAAGAAGAUAAGAAGUAUGGAGGAUUUCUGGGAGUUUGCUGAGGGCCCACUUUUGGAUAGCUUAUACUGGAAGGAAUGGUAUGAUGGCCAGCCUCUGUCUUCAAAAGAAAGUUACAUAUAUUACGAAAAUAUUCUUUUGGGAGUCCCUCAGAUUCGACAAGUUAGAGUACGCAAUAAUACAUGCUCUGUUCUCAAAUAUUUUCGCGACACCUUCAAAGACUGUUUCAACGAAUAUUCUCUUGCAAAUGAGGAUCAUUCAGCAUUCGGUCUUCAAACUGGAUCAGAAUGGGAAUACACUGUCCCGAACAGCCAGUUUGAGCUGAGGCACUGGGGGAAGAUCAGCAAGUACAGGAAUGGCGGCUACAUCCUGGACCUGGACAGACAGAAGGAAGAGAGCGCUAAGAAGAUUAAACACCUUAAAUCAAACCUGUGGCUGGACCUGGGGAGCAGAGCCGUCUUCAUAGACUUUUCGGUCUACAACGCCAACGUCAACUUGUUCUGUGCCCUCAGGCUGUUGGUGGAGUUCCCGGCCACUGGUGGUGCCACCACUUCCUGGCACAUCUACACGGUGAAACUCCUGCGAUACGUUUCCACGUUGGACUAUUUCCUGGGGGCCUGUGAAAUCCUCUUCUGUCUCUUCAUCUUGAACUACCUGGGGCAGGAGCUGAUCGAGAUGUACGAACUAAAGCUGCGUUACUUCCAAAGUUUUUGGAAUUGCCUGGACUUCCUCAUUGUUUUGUUGUCUUUGCUGGCCAUCGUUUUCAGUAUCUAUCGUACAGCAAAAGUGAGCUUGGUACUUGAAAAACUUCUGGAAAACUCCUUCAAGUACCCGAACCUUUAUUUCCUGGCCUACUGGCAGAACCAAUACAACAACAUGAUCGCUAUUACCGUCUUCAUUGCCUGGAUAAAGAUAUUUAAAUUCAUCAGUUUCAAUGAGACGAUGACCCAGCUCGCUACAACCCUCCAGCACUGUGCAAAAGACAUUGCUGGAUUCGCUAUCAUGUUCUUUAUAAUAUUUUUUGGUUAUGCCCAGUUAGGCUACCUUAUCUUUGGUGCCCAAGUGGAAAGUUUUCAUACCUUCAGCAACUGCAUUUUUACUCAGUUUAGAAUUAUUCUGGGAGAUUUUAAUUUUGCUGAGAUCGAAAAGGCAAACCGAAUCCUUGGCCCUAUUUACUUCACCACCUUUGUAUUCUGCAUAUUCUUUGUGCUGCUGAAUGUCUUCUUGGCCAUUAUUAAUGAAACGUACGCUGAAGUCAAGGGGAAUAGGUCGCUGAGGAAGAUUGAUUUUGAUAUUUCUGAUUUAAUUAAAAAGCAUAUUGACAGGUGCCUUAUAAGGUUCAAACUGAAAAAAGCCCCAACUGAAGUCUAUGAAGCUAUUGAGUCAAAGGCGGAAAAGGAAAAGGAACAAUCUCUUCAGGAUGACGAAAAGAAUGAGAAUAAAGAAAGUGCACAAGCAAUACUCAAUGAUCCUUGUUUGGAAGAAUUGGGUGAAGAAAUCAAUCAGGAGCAACAUACAAACACAUACUAUGGCAUUGAUAACGGUGAAGAAUACAACAGCUACCGAGACCAUGUGGUGGAUAAAAAUAACCGCAUUUCGGCUCGAAGUUAUCAUCUACUCAUCGUCCGUACGGAAAAACUGGAGUACCAAAUGAACUGCAUUCUACCCAAAGUGCAAUGGAUCGUAAAUCUGCUUCGAAAAAUAGACCAUGUGAAGUUAGACAAGUUAACAUCCAAACAAAAACUGGUUGUAGAGGAGAAGCCGGACUUGGAAACUUGGUCGCAGAUUAUAACUGAGAGCCAGGAGCCAAGUCCGAAGAAAUAAUCAACAACGUUAAAGUGGCCGAAAAGCACACAAAAAGAGCAGGAAAUAAGAAGUGAAACUAUAAAUCCCAUAAGCGGCCCCCAAAAAUGUAACAGUAAUGAAUAUUUAACAAUAAAAUUGCACAAUUGUC